GUUUUUAAUGAUAGUAUAAGAUGAAAAUUUUAAGCUGAAUCUGAGAGACUCUUUGUUCGAGCGUUAUGGUCAUAAUAAGACUCUUUCAAUAGCUAAAACUCACUUAGAACUUCUCUACACUACUGCUGCUUCGGUAUUCUAAGUUGCCGGAAAGUAUGUCGUCGCUCAUCGACAUGGCCCAGGACCACCAUCAACCUCUCAUUCUCCAAUCAUCGCCCCGCCUCCCCUACAAAGACUCCUCCGACUGUGGCGACGAAAUUGUGCCCUGCUCACUGUCCCACGACCCCGUUUCAUCGUCACCCACUCCCGCCGAUGAUAAUCAACGCCUCGUAUCUCUUGACGUCUUUCGUGGCCUCACCAUCGCUCUAAUGAUAUUGGUGGACGACGCUGGAGGAGCUUUUCCGUCAAUAAAUCAUGCUCCAUGGUUUGGUGUAACGCUUGCAGAUUUUGUAAUGCCAUUUUUUCUUUUUGGUGUUGGUGUUUCUAUCAGUCUAGUCUUUAAGAAACUCUCCAAUAAACCAAAUGCUACACAGAAAGUACUGCUGAGGGGAAUUAAGCUCUUUCUAUUAGGAUUGAUACUUCAAGGUGGGUAUUUCCAUGGGCGUAACCAUUUGAUGUAUGGAGUUGAUGUGGGCAAAAUUCGUUGGCUUGGAGUGUUACAGAGGAUAUCAAUUGCUUAUUUACUGGCUUCAUUGUCAGAGAUCUGGUUUGUUAAAAACAUCAGGGUUGAAUCUCCAGCAGCCUUCAUAAGAAAAUACUACACUCAAGGGUUGUUUGCCAUCUUACUCUGCUCAGUUUACAUGGUCUUAUUAUAUGGUCUUUAUGUUCCAAAUUGGGCUUUUGCAGCUUCCCAUUUGAACUCGUCUGGUUAUGCCUCAAAAUUUCAAGCUCUAUGUCAUAUUCCUUUACCACAAGGGUUCUUCGUUUUGCUUCACCCUAGAUGUUCGUUAAGUGGAAUUGAAGAACAAUGUUUCAUUUCCCAGGUCCAUUGUGAAGUGAGGGGAAGUCUUGAACCUCCUUGCAAUUCUGUUGGUUUGAUUGACAGGGUUAUUCUUGGAGAAAAUCAUCUUUACCAACAUCCGGUGUACAGAAGAACAAAGGAAUGCAGUGUUAAUUCUCCCGACUAUGGGCCUCGUCCACCAAAUUCCCCAGGGUGGUGCCUUGCGCCAUUUGAUCCUGAGGGCAUUUUAAGCUCUCUAAUGGCUGCUAUUACAUGUUUUCUGGGAUUGCAUUACGGACACAUAGUUGUGCAUUUUAAGGGCCAAAGACAGAAGAUACUUCUAUGGUCCUUGUUUUCAUUUCCCCUUAUAAUCAUGGGAUUCAUUCUGGAGGUUAUAGGCAUUCCUUUCUCAAAACCUUUAUAUACUUUGAGCUACACAUGUCUGACAGCUGGAGCAUCGGGCUUGUGUUUAACCGUUAUCUAUUACAUUGUCGAUGUCAAAUGUAUUAGAAAACCUACUUUGUUAUUGCAAUGGAUGGGGAUGAAUGCUCUCAUAAUCUAUGCUUUGGCUGCCUGUGAACUUUUUCCGGCAGCUGUGCAGGGUUUCUAUUGGCGGUCACCUGAAAACAACCUGGUCGAUGGCACGGAAGCCUUACUGCAGGCCAUACUACAUUCAAGAAAAUGGGGUACCUUAGUGUUUGUGAUGCUUGAGAUUUUAUUCUGGGGUAUUAUCGCUGGUUUUCUUCACAUGAAAGGCAUAUACAUGAAACUAUAAACACAAAGCUUUUUAUACGCAUAUAACAGUUUGGAAUUGGAAACAUAAAACUUAUCUGUAUAUAAUGAUCUCUGUCUCUGAAAUAGAUUUUUUUUUU